AUGUCGGCCGGGCCCGGGCGCGACGACGCGGGGAACGGGGGCGCGCGGCGGCCGCGGGAGACGGCGGAGCAGGAGCUGCAGCGGCGCCGGGAGCAGAAGCGGCGGCGGCACGACGCGCAGCAGCUGCAGCAGCUCAAGCACCUGGAGUCCUUCUAUGAAAAACCUCCUCCUGGGCUUAUCAAGGAAGAUGAGACGAAGCCAGAAGACUGUAUACCAGAUGUACCAGGCAAUGAACAUGCCAGGGAAUUUCUGGCUCAUGCUCCAACAAAAGGACUUUGGAUGCCACUGGGGAAAGAAGUCAAAGUUAUGCAGUGUUGGCGUUGUAAACGGUAUGGUCACCGAACAGGCGACAAAGAAUGUCCUUUUUUUAUCAAAGGCAACCAAAAGUUAGAGCAGUUCAGAGUAGCACAUGAAGAUCCCAUGUUUGACAUCAUCCGAGAGAACAAAAGACACGAAAAGGAUGUAAGGAUACAGCAGUUGAAACAGUUACUGGAGGACUCUACCUCCGAGGAAGAUGGGAGCAGCUCCAGUUCCUCAGCAUGCAAAGAGAAACACAAGAAAAAGAAGAAGAAAGAAAAACAUAAGAAAAGGAAGAAAGACAAGAAGAAGAAGAAGAAACGAAAGCAUAAGUCUUCCAAGUCGAAUGAGAGUUCAGACUCGGAUUGAUGAGGACUUGACUGGUUGAGCAUUGUCUCCCCACAGAUCAGACACUGUGGCCAAAGACCAGAGGCCACGGUGGAGGCGGGGAGGACGAGGAGGGAGCCGCCAGAGAGCAGGGGAUUCGACGUCACCCGUGUGAAUCCUCACCUGCCUUCCAGCAAAGAUGUGACCCCAGGAGGACCCAGUACUCUCCAGUCCUAUAUAGAAAAGGAAGAAAAAA